AUGCUGAGUGUGCUGAGAGUGCACCUCCCGUCCGACAUUCCGAUCGUAGGCUGUGAGCUCACGCCGUAUGUGCUCUUACGCCGUCCCGACAAGUCUGUCAACACCGACGAUGUUCCCGAAUCCGCCCCACUAGAUGGCCACUUCUUAAGAUACAAGUGGUAUCGUAUACAAAGUGAUAAGAAAGUUGCAAUCUGUAGUGUACAUCCAUCUGAACAGGCAACAUUGCAGUGCCUAGGAUGUGUUAAGGCCAAAAUACCUAUUGCCAAAAGUUAUCAUUGCUCUCCCAAAUGUUUCUCAGAUGCCUGGCAACAUCAUCGUGUCCUGCAUGAGCGUGCGGCUAGUGCUGUUAAUGAAAAUGGAAAUGAGGAGGAAGAAAUAUUUGGGCGCUUCAAUGGGACAGGAUCUGGAGUAGUCAAUGCAAGCUUAUCUGUUUCCCAAUCAACCCUAGCUUGGCAAAUGGCUCAACACCUUUAUAUCCUGCAGCAGUUACACAGAGGAAUGGUGGUGAAACAUGGUUUGAAGUUGGACGCUCUAAAACAUAUACUCCAACAGCUGAUGAUAUUGGCCAUGUUCUUAAAUUGA